UGCCACCACUGCAGCAUCAGGGCUAUGAAGGGAUGAGCAUGGAUGAGCCUGUCCCCGUGUCCCCCGUGCCUGCCCUCCCUUGGUACCAUGCCAAGCCCUACUCUGUCCCCUGCGUCCCCCCAGGCACAAGUUAGUGUCUGUGCAAUGACACUUGGCUGUGCCACCCUGAUGCUCAAGUGGGGACUGCCUUGAGGACACCCUCCACUCCCCAUUCUUGCAGCACCAGCCCCCUACACUUUGUAGUAUGUUUCAGUGUGGGAAGGGCCCUUUUGGCUGCAGACCCCCAGUCUUCCCUGCCCUGUCGCCCGCCGGCUGCUAGGACCCAGCAGCUGUCCCCAGCGCUGUCAGUGGGCGGGCAGAGCCCGGGGGUGACAGCCGGUGCCAUCGGCGACAGGCAAACAGGAUGACUAAUGGGUGACAGCCAGGGAGGGGUGGAUGUGGCCGCCGGGAACCCCACUCCUGCAGCAUGAGCAGUGCUGGUAACAAGGACCGGUCCCAGAGAAGGAAGCAUUGCCUGUACCCAAGGAGCCAAGGUAUGUGGGUGCCACCCCACUGCUUAGUGACACCCGGCAGUGAGGAGAGGGACCCAGAGCAGGGGCUGCAGCGAUGGUGUGGGUGGGGUUGGCUUUGUCCCUUUGCGGGACAGGGGAUGGGGUGUCGGGCUGCCUGGGGUGCCAGCAGGUCCCCCUGUGUCAUCCCUGCCCCGCCAUCUCUCUGCAAUUUUUUGGAGAACACCUCUGUGUUUCUCUGUGGCUCUGGUUUUGCUCCUUCACCUUCUCCUUCCCCAGCAGGCAAGGAGCCAUGAGAAGACAGCGGCCAUGCCCACGGUGGGCUCUCCCUCCAUGGGAUGCAGGAAGUCUGUCUGUGUGAUAUCGGCAGCAGAGCUGCUGGCUUAGUCCCUGUGGGUAUGGCUAGCCGGAUGGGGCCAAAUGCCACGACCAGCCUGGAGUACCCCACCAUUCCAGAGCAAUCCACAGCACAGGAGGUGCUGGGCCUCCUCUGCAUGGUCCUGCUCACUAUCACUGCUCUAGUGGCCAAUGUGGUGGUGAUGGUGGUCAUCCUGAAGACCCCCCUCGUCCGCAAGUUCAUCUUCGUCUGCCACCUCUGCGUGGUUGACCUCCUCUCUGCCAUCUUCCUUAUGCCUCUGGGGAUCAUCUCCAGCUCCUCCUGCUUCGACAGGGUCAUCUACAGCAUCGCUGAGUGCCAGGCCUUGAUAUUCCUUAACGUCUGUUUCAUCAGCGCCUCCAUCCUCACCGUCUCCGUCAUCAGCGUUGAGCGGUACUACUACAUUGUCCACCCCCUGCGCUACGAGGUCAAGAUGACCAUCAGGCUGGCUGUGGCCGGGGUCAUCCUCAUUUGGAUCAAGUCUGUCCUCAUCACCAUCCUGGCACUGGUGGGCUGGCCUCAAGACAACGGGGCCACCAGCGCCAGCCGCUGUACGGUCUACUGGAGCCCUGGGGCCCACAAGAAGGCUUUUGUCAUCAUCUUUAGCAUCGCCUGCUUCAUCCUGCCCACCAUUAUCAUCUUCGCCGUCUACUGCAGUGUCUACCGGGUGGCCCGGCUGGCAGCCCUACAGCACACACCUGCCCCAGCAGCUGCCCCACGGCCCCGCUGCGACUCCAUUGCCAGCCAACUGACCAUCGUCACCAUGCGGAACCUGCCACUGCCCCGGCUGGCACCCGAACGCUUUUUGGGAGGGAACAAGGCCAUCCUCACCUUGCUCCUCAUCGUGGGACAGUUCCUGUGCUGCUGGCUGCCCUUCUUUGCCUUCCACCUGCACUCCUCCGUGGGUGCCGCUGCGGAGGGCGGUGGGCACAGCGAGAUGGUGGUCACCUGGAUUGCCUACUCCUCCUUCGCCAUCAACCCCUUCUUCUAUGGGCUGCUGAACCGACAGAUCCGCCAGGAGCUGGCCCGGCUCUGGCGCAGUCUCCUCCACCGUCCGCUGGGCCAGGAGCUGUGCUUGGCCAUUUCUGAGGCCUCUGUCCAGGAAAACGUCCUGCAGUUCCUCCAGAGGGCUACCUGCACGCUGGAAACCCACGCUGGGUGCAUCAGCCCCAGGAACAGGCUGGAGCAGGGCAAGGGUGGCUGCCCCAUCCCAGGCCAGGUUCCCGAAGAGAGUGUCCAAGAGCAGAGCUCUGUGCCACUAUAGCUCUGGGACCCAUCCUCUUUGCACCUGGUCCAUGUUUUGCCUGCUGUCCCAGUCUGCAUGCUGGAGGAAGGGCUCUUGGCUGCAUUUCGGGUGCUGUCAUUUCCAUUCUGCAUGCUGGGAACAUCCCUGGCUCCUGCAGCACAUGGGACAUGGGAAGCUGAGGGGCUACAGUUUGGGGGACCAUCCCCCUGUGGGACUCUUGCCAGGGUCACCCUGCACCAUCCCCAGCCCAGAUAACACCACUAACACCAUAACACCAGUGCCCAUGGUGCCCCGUAUCUCCCCUCCUGAAAGUCAGGAUGCUGCUGCAGGGGAUGCUGUGCCCCCAGUCUCCAAAAAUAGGAAACCCCACUCCAGCAAUAGGGGCUGGGGAAAGGUGCCCGGGGC